AUGCAACUGCCGAAGCCCACAGGGCCAUAUGACGUUGGCAUCGUCGAUGUCGAAGUGCCUGUGCGUGAGCCACGAGACUUUCUACCGGACUUUUUAAGCCGUUCCGAGCUAAACAAGCUCUCCAAAAAUGGCACAAAGCUUUCUGACAAGAAGGCCAAAAAAGUGUAUCGGCAAUUCGAUGCCUCAGUCGAUCGUUCCCAAGAAGAUUUCAAUGAAGCUAUCGCUGAGGAUGAAUUCUUGAAGGAGCAUGGGUAUCGUCUGCGCUCUUCCACGCUGCACUUUCGUACGGUGCUUUUUUCUUUGUACUACCCAGGCGCAUCCCUCUCGCCAGACAAGCUGAAGAAGUACAAGCAAGCCAAGUGGCUCGGUUAUCCGCUUAAAAAGACGACGAAAGCUGCGUGGGCCUAUCUUGGUGAAUAUGGAUGGUAUGCGCGUGCUUUCUUCCCUGUUCUUUUUACAUUCAUGAAGGCCCAUUUGGCAGGUCGCGUUGGUCUGCCAUUGGGCGAUCCGUCAAAGCAACCUGCAUUGCCUGGUACAGAUUUGGAUGGCAUCACUGAGAACAGCUUAUCGAAACAGACCUUCCCUGUGAUUGUGUUCUGUCAUGGCCUUGCAGGGAAUCGACUGGCGUACUCCGAGUUCUGCACGGAGCUCGCUUCCUAUGGAUUUAUUGUCGCUGCAAUCGAGCACCGCGAUGGAUCGGGUCUUGGCACCUUCGUAUGGUCCGGCGUGGAAUCCAUUAUGCGAUCGUCUAAAGUGGACCAGGAUGAUUUGAAUGCUCGUCUUCGGAAGAAUAUGAAAUUCGGUGGUAACGAAUCCGUGCACAGUCUAGCUUUGCAAGAUGGUGAUACGAGGGAGGUUUUGCGUGACGAAUCUUUGUUCCAGGACUUUAGUAAAGUUGCCUAUCUUCCGUUUGAGCGGUUGGGUCUGCAGCCAUUUUUUGCUGAGCAGGGCGAGAAGGAGAUCACUCUUCGCCAGGCUCAACUUAAAAUGCGUGGCGAAGAGAUCAAAGAGGUCAUGUAUGUGCUCGGCCGCAUCAAUGAUGGUGACAGUGAAUGGCUUGCUCGUGUCCGUACACGCAGUAUGGGAUCUUCCCUGGCGGGACGCAAGACCUUCAAGCGUAUGCGGGAGCAAGGCCUGGUGCCACGCUGCCGUGAGUUCUUUGCCAACUGGAAAGGCAAAAUGGACCUUACGACGCACUCUUUGAUUGGUCACAGCUUUGGUGGUGCUACCAUCUUUGAGUUUCUUCGCACAGAUCAGAACAUUUUCCCAUACGGUAUCAUCUUGGAUCCAUGGAUGGAACCUGUUCUUGAUCCUAGAGAUAACCCGGAUGUGCGCAAGAAACUGAAGCGGCCUGUCUAUGUGAUAAACUCGGAGGGCUUUACGAUGUGGCCUGAGCAGUAUGUCAAGCUCCGUCGUAUUCUUGUGGAUGCGAUGAGUGCCAAUCCUGAACAUCGUGGCUGGCUCAUGACGUUGACCGGUACUAACCAUGGCGACUUUAGCGACUUGCCUUAUCUCUUGCCUCGUAUCUUUGGGUCGGCCAUCCCCGGUACGGAAUCUGUGCGUUCCUUUGCUAUUAUAUCCAUGGCACAAAUCAAGGCGUGGCGACAGCGUUAUGCUUUGGACAAAAAUGCGUUUCACCUUAUGGUGUCAGAAGGUCCGGAUGCUCCAGAUAUGGCACCCACUUCCUUGUGGGGCGGCGGUGCGCGCAUUCUGGCGGACAAAGAAGCGCCCGUCACGGACGAGAUGAUGAACUUCUUCUAUCAAGUCCGUGUACUUUCCAAAAAGUUCCACCACAAACCUCACAAGCCACUGUUCUGGGAGUUGCGUGGCUGGAAGCAACACGCCCAAAAUGACCCUAGUACACGUGCUGGGCGAAAGCAUUUGAGGGAACAGGAGCGUGUUUUGCAUCGUCAUCGUCGUGCUUCGAGCGUUGUGCACGAACAUAUUAGCAACGUGCUGGACACGGACAAUGCCUCGAACAAAAGUGGCGCUGAGUUUAUUGACGAAAAGAACGGCCAGACCCCCCGCUUUAUUGAUCCACGCCAAGGUGGGAAGGAAGUAUGGGACGGCCAAAUUAUCGACACGGAUGCGCAGAAUGUAUAUCAGACGUGGGCCGAUAACAUUUCUAUCAAAGACACACGCCGACGCCCAUUAUCACUAUUCACCGUAUUCAUGUGGAUCCUUGGCGUGCGUCAAGGCUUGGCCGCGCCUGGACACUUACUUGUGCACGAAUUUUAG